AUGGAAUCAACAAGUUCUAGAGUCAAUGUUCAAAGCUCUAGACAAUCCUCAAAGCAGCUUCUGUUUGACCGACGCUAUGGAUGGGUAAUUGAUGAAUGGAAACAUCCAGCAGAGGAAGCACUUGAUGGUGGCCGAGGAAUGUUUUGCAUACUCCCACUUGCCAAAAGUUUGGUGCAGAUGACCUCACAAUCGAUAAAUCUUGGAGUUACCUCAGCCAUAAAAGCUGCUGAAAACCCACAGACGUUUUCCUUGCAGAGUGCUCUAGACCAGGGUGUUCGUAAUUUUGUGACGUCUUUGAAAAUCAACAAGUGUAAAGCUUUCAUCCUCAACAAAAAUCCUUCCCACUUCCAUGGUGAGAGCAAAGAAUGA